AAUUCCCUCCUUCCCUCGUUUUCUGCUCUCUUCUUCCCUUUUUUUUUUUUCCUUCUUCGUUCUUCUUCUUCCUCCUCCCUCUCUCUCUAUCACUAAAACCCUCGUUUUCUUCAAUCGCCGUCGCUCUUCUCUUCAUCGGAAUCUAACAAAUCCGACUCACGUUUCACUACGAUCCAUGUCUGGUCUCGUACGAUCUUCUUCCGGCUCUUCUCAGCCGCCACCGCCGCCGCCGCACCAUCCGCCGUCAUCUUCGGCUCCGGUGACUUCUACGCCGGUCGUGCCACCUAUUCGUCGUCACUUAGCUUUUGCCUCAACAAAACCGCCGUUUCACCCUUCGGAUGAUUACCAUCGAUUUACUCCUUCGCUCACUAAUAACAGCGAUAGGAGCUUCAUUAAUGGCUGUGGUGUUGUAGAUCGGGAGGAGGAUGCUGUCGUUGUUAGAUCUCCUUCACGGAAGAGAAAGUCGACAAUGGAUGUAGUUGUUGCUCCAUGUAAUAAUGGAUUCACAACAAGCUCUGGUUUCACUAGCAUACCCAGCAGUCCCUGUCGAACUCCUUCAAAGGCGGGCAGAGUCAACAUCAAGUCAAAGGCCAAAGGAAAUAAGUCAGCUCCCCAAACACCCAUCUCAACGAAUACUGGUUCUCCUGUCACACUUACUCCUUCAGGAAGUUGCCGUUAUGACAGUUCCCUCGGUCUUCUUACAAAAAAGUUCGUCAAUCUAAUUAAACAAGCCAAAGAUGGAAUGCUGGACCUAAACAAAGCUGCAGAAACAUUAGAGGUGCAGAAACGACGUAUAUAUGAUAUUACAAACGUUUUGGAGGGGAUAGAUCUCAUCGAAAAGCCUUUCAAGAAUCGAAUACUUUGGAAGGGCGUUGAUGCUUCGAGUCCUGAUGAUGUGGAUGCUGACGUAUCUGUAUUACAGGCAGAAAUCGAAAACCUUUCCCUCCAGGAGCAAGCAUUAGAUAAUCAAAUCAGACAAUCGGAGGAAAGAUUAAGAGAUCUGAGCGAAAAUGAAAAGAAUCAAAAAUGGCUAUUUGUUACUGAAGAGGAUAUCAAGAGUUUGCCAGGUUUCCAGAACCAGACUCUGAUAGCCGUCAAAGCUCCUCAUGGCACAACUUUGGAGGUGCCUGAUCCAGAUGAAGCGGUUGACCACCCCCAAAGGAGAUACAGGAUCAUUCUUAGAAGUACAAUGGGACCUAUUGACGUAUACCUCGUCAGCGAAUUUGAAGGAAAGUUCGAAGACACAAAUGGGAGUGUUCCAGCACCACCAGCAUGCUUGCCUAUUGCUUCUAGCUCAGGAUCUACUGGACACCAUGACAUUGAAGCCUUAACUGUUAAUAACACAGGAAAUGCUAUUGAGCAUCAGGUGUCUCAUGAUCAUGCUCAUCCUCAACCCGGCGAUACCUCUGAUCUUAAUUAUUUGCAGGAGCAAGUAGGAGGAAUGCUUAAGAUUACUCCCUCUGACAUCGAAAAUGAUGAGUCGGACUACUGGCUUCUCUCAAAUGCUGAAAUUAGCAUGACAGAUAUUUGGAAAACCGACUCUGGUAUUGAUUGGGAUUAUGGAAUAGCCGACGUGGGUACUCCACCACCGGUAAUGGGCGAAAUAGCGCCAACCGCUGUUGACUCAACCCCAAGAUGAUCCAAUACCAAACACGCAUCUCAACUUCUGAUCCCAAAGGUGUUACCUCACAACACUCCCAAAAUCAAAUCCAAGGAGGGAGCAAAUACAGAACCUGUAUGAAUCAAUGACAGGUGCGUUCCAUACAAUGUACCAUUAGAUUAUAAUUCAUUUAUCGCUAGAGUAAUGUUGUAGAGGAGCACCAGUUACGAAAAACUAAUGUAAGUUUAACAGAGAAUGCACUACAUCGGCUGCAUUGGUACACUAUUUGAGUAUAAUUUUUGACCA